AUGAAGAGACGGGAGCCGAAUCAAAACUACGGGAGAUGUGGUGGCAACAAUCGUGUGGCGAUGGAAGCCGACGCCUCUGCUGUAAUGAGGCGAGUGACCGACAUCUGCUUUUUGCCGUUCAGUCAGUACACGCCCGUGUGUAAGUGGCCGCCGCCGUCUCGAGUAUUAUUAAUGGUUCUUGCACCGUUUCCGGCCAAAAAUACGUCUACCGUAAAUCUUCGCCUUGUUCACAUAUUGCCUUUCGAAGGUAGGAAUUAUACGGCGAAACAUGGAAACGAUUGCUUUUGAAGAUUUUCUUCCGGUCUUUUCCUAUUUUUAGAUUCCUUCUGUGGGUUUUAAAUUCUGAAAAAUCAUAAAAACUGUUGAAAGGUAGACUGAAAAAAUAUUCAAAAAUGGCGCAAAUAGGGGGUAUUGCUCAUGUUAGAGAGUGUCAGCAGCCUUCAGAAAGGCCUUUUCUUGGUUUUUCGAUGAAAAAAAACCGAACGCCAAGGCAUAGAAUAAAAUUGAUAAAAAAUAAAACAUUUGCAAAAAGUUCAAUUGACCAAAGAUUUCCAAAAACCUUCAAAAAAAAAAAACUGCUAAAAAACAGCUAAUUUUUUUUUGAACCAAAGCCUCAAGCGAAAGUUAUACAGCUUCUUGAACGAAAUAUAAAUUUUUAUUCCCAUGGAAAAACUAAAAAUCGAGCCGAAACGGCGAAAACAUGUUCGAAAUCUUGAAUGUUCAGCGAUUCCACCAAAAAUGGAUUUCCAUUUUUUUUUGCCCCAGAAAUCCUGGACACAAUCAAAAAACGAGGCGGCUUUUUGGCGGAGUCAAAAAACAAUAAUUUCUUUUUUCUCCUGCUGGGACAUCUCAGGAUCUUCAAUUUUACGACUUUUUCGAAACAUAAAAACGGAGAGGACUCAUUUUUGAUCUGUCUGAAGAGAAAAGGAAGCAAAAGUUCUUGGAAAACCCGAAUUUCGGCAGCUGUAAAUGCGAGAAAUUCAAAGAGAAUAACCGAAAUCCUUCAAAAAUGGAGCAAAAACUCUUCCGAUCAACUUUUUUCUUUUUUCUUUUUUUGGGUGUGGAAUGGCGGCAAUUAUUCAUUUCAACGGGAGCUUGCAGAAAAAAAAGAAAAAAGAAAAGAAAAGAAAAGGUGAGAAAUAUGAAUUGGUUUCCAUUUCUUUUUUUGGAAAGGGUUCAAAAAAUCAAAGUUCUUCAUCUUUCAGAUUUGCAAUCUAAUAAAAAUUCCAAUUCAACUAUUUGAUAUCAAAACCAGCCUGACAACUUUUCUCUCAAGAAAGUUUGAAGUCCCGAAAAAAAUAAAAAUUUAUUUUGUCAUUCAAACCUAACUCUAUAUUCGAGUUUUCCCCGUUGCAAAACGAGUCUUGAGCACGUACCCAAGGGAGACUCCGCCUCCAAUUUGCCAAUUAAUCCCACUUGUCAGGCCGUCCGUCUGCGUUUGGCAGAUUUGACCAAUGCCAAAUUUGCAUAA